CAGCAGCCUAGAAGCAUCAUCUCCUCCUCCUCUUCCUCCUCCUCCUCCUCGCUGAAGGACUUUAAACAUCUCUGACACCUCCUCCUUUUUUUUGUUUUGUUUUUUUGUUUGUUGUUGUUGUUGUCGUUGCUUCCAGCUCUUUCCGAACCCCCCCUCCCCCUUGCUUUUUACCCCCCUCCCCCACCAUGGUUUCUAUUAUUUCAGACCUGGACCCCCUUAAAACCUGGAACGUCUUAAGGCAGGACGCUAGCGACCUCUCUGGACCGAUACAAAGUAACGGCACGGGCGGGAAGAUGAACGGCGCCCUGGAGCAUUCGGACCAGCCCGACCCGGACGCCAUCAAGAUGUUCGUGGGCCAGAUCCCGCGCUCCUGGUCGGAGAAGGAGCUGAAGGAGCUGUUUGAGCCCUAUGGCGCCGUCUACCAGAUCAACAUCCUGCGGGACCGCAGCCAGAACCCGCCACAGAGCAAAGGCUGCUGUUUUGUCACCUUCUACACCAGGAAAGCUGCCCUCGAAGCCCAGAAUGCAUUGCACAACAUCAAGACCUUAACAGGGAUGCACCACCCCAUCCAGAUGAAGCCUGCGGACAGUGAGAAGUCGAACGCGGUGGAAGACAGGAAGCUGUUCAUCGGCAUGGUGUCCAAGAAGUGCAACGAGAACGACAUCCGGGUCAUGUUCUCGGCGUUCGGGCAGAUCGAGGAGUGCCGGAUCCUGCGAGGACCCGACGGGCUGAGCAGAGGAUGUGCGUUUGUCACCUUUUCCACCCGAGCGAUGGCACAGAAUGCCAUCAAAGCCAUGCACCAGUCUCAGACCAUGGAGGGCUGCUCGUCUCCCAUCGUGGUGAAGUUUGCCGACACGCAGAAGGACAAAGAGCAGCGGCGCCUGCAGCAGCAGCUGGCCCAGCAGAUGCAGCAGCUCAACAGCGCCACCACCUGGGGCAGCCUGACGGGCCUGGGCGGUCUAACCCCGCAGUACCUGGCGUUGCUCCAGCAGGCCACGUCCUCCAGCAACCUGGGGGCCUUCAGCGGCAUCCAGCAGAUGGCCGGUAUGAGCGCUCUGCAGUUGCAGAACUUGGCCACUUUAGCGGCGGCGGCGGCGGCAGCCCAAAACUCGGCCAGCCCGUCCACCGCCAACCCCCUGUCCUCCGGCGCCGCCUCCCUGGGAGCGUUGGGCAGCCCAGCGGGCACCACCGCCGGCUCCAACGCGGGCGCCAUGAACUCGCUGACCUCGCUGGGCACGCUGCAGGGCCUGGCGGGCGCCACGGUGGGCCUCAACAACAUCAACGCACUCGCAGGUAGCAUCAACAGUAUGGCGGCGCUCAAUGGCGGGCUGGGCGGCGCCGGGCUGGCUAACGGCGCGGCGGGCACCAUGGACGCGCUGACGCAGGCCUACUCAGGGAUCCAACAGUACGCCGCCGCCGCGCUGCCCACGCUAUACAGCCAGUCACUGAUGCAGCAACAAGGAGCCGCCGGCAGCCAGAAGGAAGGCCCCGAAGGCGCCAACCUGUUCAUCUACCACCUGCCCCAGGAGUUUGGCGACCAGGACAUCCUGCAGAUGUUCAUGCCUUUCGGGAACGUGGUGUCCGCCAAAGUCUUCAUCGACAAACAGACCAACCUCAGCAAGUGCUUCGGCUUCGUGAGCUACGACAAUCCGGUGUCGGCGCAGGCGGCCAUCCAGGCCAUGAACGGCUUCCAGAUCGGCAUGAAGCGGCUGAAGGUGCAACUGAAGCGCUCCAAGAACGACAGCAAGCCGUACUGAUGCUGAGACGCACCACCUGAGCCCUGCUGGGAACCAACCAUCUUCACGCCUGCUAGCGCGUCCUUAGCAUGUCUCGCUGGCCCCCCCACCCAAAAAAGUACAACCCCACCCCAGCCCACAAAAAAGAAUCUUUAAAAAACUGGUCCUCACACUUCCUUUCCCACCUGCUCCUCCGCCGACUGAACUUUUGGGGGGUGGUUUUCUUUUUUUGGUUCUUUUUGUGCAUUUCAAUGUUUCUUUUUUUUUUGUUUGUUUUUGUGCAUGUGACCUCAUGUUCGGGUGGGGGAGGGGCACUGAAGGUAAGACGAAAAAAAAAAGCAUCAAUGUGGGAAAAAAAAGCUGCAUUCAUUCUUUAAUUUCCUGGAUCUUUUCCUUUCCCUCCGCCCGUGUCACGGCGUCGCGUUUUUUUUUCCUCUUCUUCUUGCCGUCACUUUUAUUCAAAGUAAACUUGAACGUCGGCGGCGGGAACGGGCGCCCCCCCCCUUGCCCAACCCCCCGGCGAGAGAAUAAGACUACUUCCGCACAGUUUGGACUGCUCGCGCUCGACGAUGCUUUUUACACUUUUCAGGCCGUGUAAAGUUUUUUGAUAAGGCCAUUUGAAGUGGCCCACUUUCUCAUUCAAAGUCUAUAUAUGGAACCACUUUUUUUUCUAGAGUCGUUUCCAGGGGAACAACUCCGAGAAAAACACACACACGCAACAAAACAAAAAAAAAAGACACUCGCCCCGUUUGGGGGGAGAAAUGCUACCUAUUUGUCACCUUUUGCUGAGCUGACUGACAGACAGACAAUCCGUGGUUGAAAUGCACAUGAGAUGACAAACUAUAUUUUCUACUCUUUAAAUGUAUAGCGGUACGAAAAGACAAAAAAAAAAACCUGCGUUAGCGUCGGUGCUUCUGGUGAGUUUAGUUCACACGUCCGAAAACGGUCUUUAAAUGUCUCAUCUUUUUUGUUUUCCCAAGAGGAAACCACAACAACGGAGAGAAAAAAAAAAACGAGUUUACUUGAAUAGACAAAGCCUUUCGUAGAAAAAAUGUUUGUUUUGGUUUGCUUUUAUUUUUAAAGAGUCUUUGUGGAGACGGCGGGGCAAGGCGAGGCGGGACACGCUGUAGCCCGGCCCAAGAUGGCGGCAAGGAGGCGGAGGACGCGGCAGAGCGGAGAGGCCGCCACAAUCUAAAUCAGGUGCGUGGCACACAAUUCAUUCAUGUCCUCCUGUUGUAUGAAAGGGGAGAAGGAGGAGAGAUGGCGGAAGGAGUUGGAGGAUCAGACGAAGAGCGAUCAAAGAGCGGACCGUGAGCUUUAGUGUAGGUCGGAUCGCUUUGCAGCUGCUCCUUUCCACUGAUCGCUCACGGUCCUCUCUUUCAGUCGUCGUCGUCCUCUCUGGCUCGCUCUUUGAUCAUCUGCUCCUUCCGCCAUCUCUCCUCCUUCUCCCCUUUCAUACAGCAGGAGGACAUGAAUAAAUUGUGUUGCCGUGUGUGUGCCACGCACCUGAUUUAGAUUGUGGCGGCGUCGCUCCCAGCAAGCACCGCCUCUCCGCUCCGCCGCCUCCUUGCCACCAUCUUGGGCAGGGCUACAGGGUGUCCCGCACCGUUAUCAGCCCGUUGGCUCCGCCUCUCAACAGUCUUUCUUUCUUGUCGUUGGAUUAGCUAUAUCAAAUAUAUAUAUAAAUACAAAUACAAAUAUAUCUAUAUAUAUAUAUCUAUAAUGUCAGCUUGUGAAGCAUCAAUGUCUUUCUUUUCCAAACGAUACUUAGAUGUGUUUUGUCUUUAUAAAGGAGAAAAAAGAAAAAAAAGAAAAGUGGAGUUUAGUGCCAAAUAUGGAAGGUACUUCCUGCCUAGCGCGUCCGUGUUCUUCUUGGUGUGACAUGAUUUCGACGACACGGCUAUUUUACGAUCAGUGUUUUCUAUCAUUCCUUCAUAUUUAAAAAGUUCUAGAUUUCGAGAAAGGAGGAAAAAAAAAAGAAAAAAAAAAAAAGAGUUUGUUAACUUGCUGUGGUCUUGUUGCCUGAAAUGUGUCAUGUUUGCUUUUUCUUUGGAUUUUUUCCCUUUGUAAAAAUGUACAAAAAAAAAAAAGAAGUGCCCAUGUGUCAUAUAUGAAUAUAUAUAUAUACAUAUAUACAUAUAUCUAUACACACACGUGCACACAUUCUUGUGCAAGACCUCACCUUGUUGUUGUUGUUGUUGUUAUUGUCGUUGUUUUUGUGCAUGAGAGCCCCCGAGUGUGAACGCCCCCCCGCCAUGGACCACACACACACACACACACACACACACACACACACACACACACAUUCAUGUAUUUCUGACCUUCUUGAGACCUGAGAAAAAUGCCUCCCUCUUUAAGACCAGCCUUUCUAAAUAUAUAAAGAAGUGUAUUUACAACAUUAAUAAUAUAUACAAACUAUGCAAAUAUAAAACAGGUAAGUUUUUUUACUUUUCAUUAUUUACUUCAAGUUAUUACAGUAUGUCUUUAUAGACAUGUUUAUUUUAUUUGUUUGAAUUAGUUUUGGCUCAAGGGUGUGCAUUUCAAUUUCUUACACACACUUGUUAUUUCAUAUGUUGACCAGAGGGGGGAGCACUUUUAAUAGCGACACACAGUCAGUUUGAAAAAUCCCUCCUUUUUGGGACCACCCUCAUUUUGGUAGAUUUUCCGUGUUGGGACCAUGAUUGAUUGUCCUAACUUGUUCACACCUCCUCAUAUGGAAGGUACUUUUCCUUGCUGGUGUCUCGAUGAGUGUAGGAAUAUAAGAACACACACAUUUUUGUAUUUAUUCCCUUCUUGAGACCUGAGAAAAAUGCCUACAUCUUUAGGACCACCCUUUCUAGGAAUAUUAAAAAAAUAUUUGUAUGUACAAAAUCAAUAAUAUAAACAUAUUUUGCAUGUAUAAAAAAGGAAAACUUUUAAUAACAUUUUUUAAACUUUUUUUUGUAAUUGGCUUUUAAUCUUUAUUAUUUACUUCUCAUUUUACAGUAUGUCUCGAUAUAUAUAUCUAUAUAUAUAUAUAUAUAUAUAUAUAUAUAUAUAUAUAUAUAUAUAUAUAUAUAUAUAUAUAAAACAUUUUAUUAUUAUUAUUUGUGUUGUAUUUAUUUUUUAUUUGUUCAUUAAUGUUGGCCAAAAAGGGGCGUAUUUACAUUUUUUGCACACACUUGUUAUUUCGCAUGUCGACCAGAGGGGGCACACUUAAAAUGUUUACACACACUUGUUAUUUCAUAUAUUGACCAGAGGGGGAGCACUUUUAAAAGUGUGAAAAAUGCCUCCCUCUUUAGGACCACCUUUUCUAGGAAUAUUAAAAAAAUAUUUGUAUGUACAAAAUCAAUAAUAUAAACAUACUUUGCAUGUAUAAAAAAGGAAAACUUUUAGUAAGAUUUUAAAAACUUUUUUAAGUAGUUAGCUUUUAAUCUUUAUUAUUCUCAUUUUACAGUAUGUCUCCAUAUAUAUAUAUAUAUAUAUAUAUAUAAUUUUAUUAUUAUUAUUAUUGUAUUUCUUUUUUAUUUGUUAAUUAAUGUUGGCCAAAAAGCGGCGUAUUUACAUUUUUUGCACACACUUGUUAUUUCAUAUGUUGACCAGAGGGGGCACACUUAAAAUGUUUACACACACUUGUUAUUUCAUAUAUUGACCAGAGGGGGAGCACUUUUAAAAGUGUGAAAAAUGCCUCCCUUUUUAGGACCACCCUUUCUAGGAAUAUUAAAAAAAUAUUUGUAUGUACAAAAUCAAUAAUAUAAACAUACUUUGCAUGUAUAAAAAAGGAAAACUUUUAGUAAUAUUUUUUAAACUUUUUUUUGUAAUUGGCUUUUAAUCUUUAUUAUUUACUUCUCAUUUUACAGUAUGUCUCGAUAUAUAUAUCUAUAUAUAUAGAUAUAUAUAUAAAACAUUUUAUUAUCAUUAUUAGUUUUGUAUUUAUUUUUUAUUUGUUCAUUAAUGUUGGCCAAAAAGGGGCGUAUUUACAUUUUUUGCACACACUUGUUAUUUCAUAUGUUGACCAGAGGAGACAUACUUAAAAUUUUUACACACACUUGUUAUUUCAUAUAUUGACCAGAGGGGGAGCACUUUUAAAAGUGUGAAAAAUGCCUCCCUCGUUAGGACCAGCCUUUCUAGAUAUAUAAAGAUGUGUAUUUACAACAUUAAUAAAAUAUACAUACUAUGCACACAUAAAAAAGCUUGUUGUGAAAAAUGAGUUGGAAUAUCACACAAAUAAAAACUUAGAAUUGUGUCAGUAUUAUAAUAAAAGUUGUAAUUAUACACAAGUCAACAUUUUACAAGAAAAACUGAACAUGUGUGCAAUAUUAUGACAAAAGUUGGAAUAUUACUCAAUAACAGUCACAAUUUUACAAUAAAAGCUUAACAUUUUGGCAAUUUUAUGAAAAGAGUCGUAUGAAAAGACACAAUUUUAUAAGAAAACCUGCAAAAAAAUUUGAAUUUUUUUCUUAGCAAAAUUAUGACAUUAGUCAGAAUUUUACUCAAAAGAAGAAGAACAACAAAAUUAUUAAUGUUGUGAUAAAUGUCAGAAUUGUAUAUGACAAAUGCCACCAUUAUUGCAUUAAAAAGUAAUAAUUUUACAAGAACAGUCACAAUUUUACAAGAAAAGCUUCGCAUUUUGGCGAAACGUUGUAAUUUUAGUCAACAAAAGACACAAUUUUAUAAGGAAACUUGAAAAAUGUUGCCAAUAUUUUAAUAUAAAUGGGAAUUUUUACUUGGCAAAAUGAUGACAAAAGUCUGAAUUUCACUCAAAACAAGAACAACAACAAAAUUGUUAAUGUGAUAAAAGUCAGAAUUUAACAUGAAAAAUGUCCCCAUUUUUGCAUUAAAAAGUAAUAAUUUUACGAGAAGAUAAUGCAGUGUUGCAAAAAGAAUAUGAGAAAUUGUUCCCAAUUUUAUAAGGAAGAAGUCGACUCAUUGUGAGAAAAAGACUGCUUUUAGUUACUUUUUGUUUGUAAUUGUUUUUUAAUCAUCAUCAUUUACUUUUUAUUACACUAUGUCUCUAUGUACUUUUUUUUUUUUAAUUAAUUUUGGCCAAAGGGUGUGCAUUUCAAUUUCUUACACCCACUUGUUAUUUCAUAUGUUGACCAGAGGGAGAGCACUUCAAAUGUUUACACCCACUUGUUAUUUCAUAUAUUGACCAGAGCGGGAGCACUUUUAAAAGUGUGAAAAAUGCCUCCCUCGUUAGGACCAGCCUUUCUAGAUAUAUAAAGAUGUGUAUUUACAACAUUAAUAAAAUAUAAAUACUAUGCACACAUAAAAAAAGCUUGUUGUGAAAAAUGAGUUGGAAUAUCACACAAAAAAAACUUAGAAUUUUGUCAGUAUUAUAAUAAAAGUUGUAAUUAUACACAAGUCAACAUUUUACAAGAAAAACUGAACAUGUGUGCAAUAUUAUGAUAAAAGUUGGAAUAUUACUCAAAAACAGUCACAAUUUUACAAUAAAAGCUUAACAUUUUGGCAAUUUUAUGAAAAGAGUCGUAAUUUUAGUCAACAAAAGACACAAUUUUAUAAGAAAACCUGAAAAAAAUGUGCAUUUUUCUCAGCAAAAUUAUGACAUUAGUCAGAAUUUUACUCAAAAGAAGAACAACAACAAAAUUGUUAAUGUGAUAAAAGUCAGAAUUUUACACGAAAAAUGUCACCAUUUUUGCAUUAAAAAGUAAUAAUUUUACGAGAAGAUAAUGCAGUGUUGCAAAAAGAAUAUGAGAAUUUUUUCCCGAUUUUAUAAGGAAGAAGUCGACUCAUUGUGAGAAAAAGACUGCUUUUAGUUAUUUUUUGGUUAGUAAUUGUUUUUUAAUCAUCAUUGUUUACUUUUUUUUACUUUUUUUUAAUUAAUUUUGGCCAAGGGUGUGCAUUUCAAUUUCUUACGCCCACUUGUUAUUUCAUAUGUUGACCAGAGGGAGAGCACUUCAAAUGUUUACACCCACUUGUUAUUUCAUAUAUUGACCAGAGGGGGAGCACUUUUAAAAGUGUGAAAAAUGCCUCCCUCGUUAGGACCAGCCUUUCUAGAUAUAUAAAGAUGUGUAUUUACAACAUUAAUAAUAUAUAAAUACUAUGCACACAUAAAAAAAGCUUCUUGUUAAAAAUGAGUUGGAAUAUCACACAAUAAAAACUUAGAAUUUUGUCAGUAUUAUAAUAAAAGUUGUAAUUAUACACAAGUCAACAUUUUACAAGAAAAACUGAACAUGAGUGCAAUAUUAUGAUAAAAGUUGGAAUAUUACUCAAUAACAGUCACAAUUUUACAAUAAAAGCUUAACAUUUUGGCAAUUUUAUGAAAAGAGUCGUAUGAAAAGACACAAUUUUAUAAGAAAACCUGAAAAAAAUUUGAAUUUUUUCUUAGCAAAAUUAUGACAUUAGUCAGAAUUUUACUCAAAAGAAGAACAACAACAAAAUUAUUAAUGUUGUGAUAAAUGUCAGAAUUGUAUAUGACAAAUGUCACUAUUAUUGCAUUAAAAAGUAAUAAUUUUACGAGAACCGUCACAAUUUUACCAGAAAAGCUUCGCAUUUUGGCAAUUUUAUGAGAAACUUUGUAAUUUUAGUCAACAAAAGACACAAUUUCAUAAGGAAACUUGAAAAAUGUUGCCAAUAUUUUAAUAUAAAUAGGAAUUUUUACUUGGCAAAAUGAUGACAAAAGUCUGAAUUUUACUCAAAACAAGAACAACAACAAAAUUGUUAAUGUGAUAAAAGUCUGAAUUUUACACGAAAAAUGUCACCAUUUUUGCAUUAAAAAGUAAUAAUUUUACGAGAAGAUAAUGCAGUGUUGCAAAAAGAAUAUGAAAAAUUGUUCCCAAUUUUAUAAGGAAGAAGUCGACUCAUUGUGAGAAAAAGACUGCUUUUAGUUAUUUUUUGUUUGUAAUUGUUUUUUAAUCAUUUACUUUUUAUUACACUAUGUCUCUAUGUACUAUUUUUUUUUUAAAUUAAUUUUGGCCAAAGGGUGUGCAUUUCAAUUUCUUACACCCACUUGUUAUUUCAUAUGUUGACCAGAGGGAGAGCACUUCAAAUGUUUACACCCACUUGUUAUUUCAUAUAUUGACCAGAGGGAGAACACUUCAAAUGUUUACACCCACUUGUUAUUUCAUAUGUUGACACAGUCUCUUUGUUAAAAUCCUCCUUUUUGGGACCAGCAGGGGUGCAAAUGAGACAUUGUCUAUUAGAUGCAAUGUUAUUGGGACCAGGAUUUAUGUCAUCACCUCCUCAUAUGGAAGAUACUUUUCCUUCUUCAUGUCUCAAGAAGGCUAAAGAUACAAGAACACACACACACACACACACACACGUCGUUAGUUUGGGGAAAAGUCCUUCUGUCGUUCAUGUGCACACGGGCGCAUUUCUUUUGAUGAAAAGCACAGCAGAGGCGGGUGGGUGCCCAGAUGCCAACAUGGCACACGUUUACAUGGCACAGUGUUGCUACACCACUGCCCCCCCCCCUACACCCCACCCCUCAACGCCUACUUUGGGGGUCUGCAAAAAGUUAGGAAGACGAGGGAGAGAAAAAAAAAAAAAAGAGGCAGCAUUCUUUUCUACACAAGCUCACCACUCGCCUUAAAAAAAAAACAGGGACGGUCACUUUUCUCGGAGUCGUACAAGGUGUUGUCUGUCGCCGGCCGCCCGCGGCAGUCGUUGAUGUUUACAUUCAUACGGACGCUGCAAGGGGGGCGGAGCUAGCCAGUGCUUCCAGCGGGGAAGAGGUUUAUGUUACCUGCGGUAACGAGGGGGUGGGAGGGGGAGAAAGAGGACUCAGGAUUGACGCUUCCGGAGCGUUUGGUGGAGGCGUCCGAUUGGCUCGCGGGCAUACUUGCCAACCUUGACACCUACAAUUUCAGGAGGUGGGGGUCGGCGGGGGGUGGAGUGAAGAGGGGAGGAGUAUAUUUACAGCUACAAUUCCCCAAGUCAAGUAUUUCAUAUAUAUAUAUAUAUAUAUAAUAAAAUAAAUACUUGAAUUUUGGUGUUCAUUUAUCUACACAUAACACUCAUCUACUCAUUGUUGAGUUAAGGGUUGACUUGUCCAUCCUUGUUCUAUUCUCUGUCACUAUUUUUCUGCCCAUAUGCGUGUACAGUAGAUGGCAGUAUUGUCCCGUUUUAAGAGUGUCACGACAUUGCUGUUAACGGCAGACAAACUGCUUUCCGGUAGAUGACAACGUGACUGCUGUUGUUGUGUGUUGUUUUACCGCGCUGGGAGGACUUUAAUGAAACUGCCUAACAAUAAACCCACGUAAGAAACCAAGAACUCGCCCUCGAUCAUUCUAGAGUUCUAACGUCAUUGGGAAGAUGCGCUGUUUAAAUUGCGGGAAAGUGGACCUGAAAAAAGGCUGUCCUCCCUCAGGUCCGCACGGAGCUGGAGGGGGGUUGGGGUCAAGAGGGGAGGAGUAUAUUUACAGCUACAAUUCCCCAAGUCAAGUAUUUCAUAUAAAUAUAUAUAUAUAUAUAUAAUAAAAGAAAUACUUGAAUUUCAGUGUUCAUUUAUCUACACAUAUACGCACACAUAACACUCAUCUACUCAUUGUUGAGUUAAGGGUUGAAUUGUCCAUCCUUGUUCUAUUCUCUGUCACUAUUUUUCUGACCAUAUGCGUGUACAGUAGAUGGCUGUAUUGUCCUGUUUUAAGAGUGUCACGACAUUGCUGUUUACGGCAGACGAACUGCUUUACGGUAGAUGAAAACGUGACUGCUGUUGUUGUGUGUUGUUUUACCGCGCUGGGAGGACGUUAAUGAAACUGCCUAACAAUAAACCCACGUAAGAAACCAAGAACUUGCCCUCGAUCAUUCUAGAGUUCUAACGUCACUGGGAAGACGCGCUGUUUAAAUUGCGGGAAAGCGGACCUGAAAACAGGCUGUCCUCACUCAGGUCCGCACGGACCUGGAGGGGGCGUGGCCUCCAGCUCCGCCUGAAGUUCUUGAGAAAAUUUGAGCCAGGUGGUUUUCGGGAGGGUUGGCAAGUAUGCUCGCGGGGCAGGAAGUCAAAAGCGCUUCCUGCCCCGCUCAAAUCUCAUUGGUCCACGUGCAAGCACAAGGUGGGCGGGGCAUGUGACUCGGGGGCUGUCCUGCUGCUCGUGACCUUGAUCUGUCCUCCAUCUGGGAAAAGAACACAAAGGAUGUUUUUGUCUUCGCUCGCUCUCUCUCUCUCUCUCGGAGAAUAUUACACACAAAAAAAAAAGGUGUCGUCGUGUUUUCUCUUCUUUGUGCAGAUGAAGCUUUUGUCGCGUGUACUUCCUUUCGGCGUGGCGGUCGGUUCUAGCGAGAAGCCAAAGUAAGCGUGCUGCGUGUUCUGUUUGACAAGGCGAUGGGAUGGCGGGCCAACGACCACAUGCGGGCUUUCUAUUUCUACGACUGAUUGUACUUAUGCAUCAUUUUGUACCAGUGCUACUUUUUAUACUGGAGAUUAAAAAGCAUACACGGGGGGGAAAAAAAAUCGAGAAAAAACACACACAAAAAAAACCACGCCCCGCCCCCUGGCCCCUCCCAUCAGGUUUUCACGUUUCUUUCACUUCCUGGCUCGCUUUCCACUUUUUUUCUCUUUUCCGGUGUCCUGAAGAAAGAAAAAGAAAAUCAUUGUUUUUUUGGAGCGAUGCAAACUUUUAUUUUGACGUCUGUAACGUGUCGACAAAAGUAUUUGAGUGGCCUGGAGUGGGUUCAUGCAUUCGCUUCACGAUUCCAGCUGUUUGCUUUUAGCGCUUUCUCUGUCCUUUCUGUGAACUUCAGUGUGUAGCUCCAGCGGUCACCAUUCUUUUUGUAAACGUUUGUUCUUGUGUGAUGACGUUUUUUGCUUGUCUCCUAUAUUAAAACAUUUUUUCCUAA